UGCUCGCUGAACGAUUUCGCGACGGUCACGCAUCUUACACGAGCUUUGAUUUGAGAUGCCGCGUAUGUGCUUUUGAGCAGUGUGCUUAGAGACAUCAUUGUUGAAAGUUCGAGAAAGCAUCACUAAAGUUUUAAAUAUCAGUAAUUACUUUAUUAUUCAAAUCAAUUUAAUAAAGCAGGUAUGUCUAUCUGUAAAAGGUGUGUUAAUCUUCUACUCCUAAAGACUAUGCAAUGCAUUUAACUUAUUCGUUUGUGGAAAAUAUGUCCGUGAUGAAAAUUGCAUUCACCUACACAUUGUGUGAAGAAUUUAGCAUAUUCGAAUAAACAGUGUGUAGCUAAAAGAAACGCUGUUUGUUUAGUAAGUGCUAAACGGAAGUAAGAUGGCGGUAUCCAUUCGCUCAAUGAUUCAAAUUAGAAGAUACUCAAGGCUCGUCGCACUUCCAAAGCACAGAAUGGGCAGUUUUUCAUCAGCUCCAAAAAUUUUGAAUCCAGACGUGCUGGAUGGAGACGUGGAUUUUGCUGGAAGCAUUAGCAGACACGAAUUGCUCCAGUACUGUCAAAAACAAUAUCAAUCAUAUCCAAUGGUGAAGAGAUCUUUCAAACGACAUAAUAGCGAAGACUCUUUUUCUACUGUUGGUUUCAAAGCACGAAAACUCAAUGGGAUUUCAAAGGGUUGCAGUGAAUACUUAAGCAAUCCGAAUAGUAUUCGUGUUUUUCAAUGGAAUAUUUUGUCCCAAUCUCUGGGUCAAUGUAAUGACAAUUUUGCUCGAUGUCCGACAAAGGCUUUAGAUUGGCACAACAGACGAUUUCAUAUAAUUGAAGAAAUUAUCGAAUAUUGUCCAGAUGUGAUUUGUUUACAAGAAGUAGACCAUUUCAACUUUUUACGACACAUUUUGAAUACUCAAGGAUAUGUUGGCAUGUUCUUUCCAAAACCCGAUUCGCCAUGUUUAUACAUUGACGGAAAUAACGGCCCGGAUGGCUGUGCCAUUUUCUAUCGCAAAAAUAAAUUUGAUUUUAUAAGCAGUAAAACGAGAGUUUUGGAAAUUUGGAGAGUGCAAAGUAAUCAGGUUGCAUUAAUGGUAAUCUUACGACUGCAAGAAACAGGCCAGGAAGUGUGUAUCAUGACCACACAUCUGAAGGCCCGCAAAGGUGCGCUGUUGGCGACCUUACGAAACGAGCAAGGUCGCGACCUGCUGCAGUUUCUCUCAUCGCACUGCGGCGACCGACCGGUCAUUAUGUGCGGAGAUUUCAAUGCAGAGCCGGUUGAACCGAUCUACACUACAAUUACCAAGAACAAUACUUUGCGUUUGUCGAGCGCAUACGCUGAUUGUGACGAGGCCGGUAAUGAACCCGCCUACACAACGUGGAAGAUACGAGACGAAGGCGAGAUUUGCCACACGAUUGACUACAUCUUCUACACAAAAGACAAGAUGGAGGUGGAGAGCGUGCUUGAGUUUCCCACUGCGCAAGAGAUUGGCACAGACCGAGUCCCUUCCUAUAAUUAUCCUUCGGAUCAUUUCAGCUUAGUGAGUGACUUUAAGCUGAUAUAAACAUGGUAUUAACUCAUUAGUUGUUAUGUUGAAAAGUAGCGAAUACACUUGAUAUAAGUAAAGGUUUUAAGUCGUAUGUUUAAGUCAAUUCUGGAGUCAAUGCACAUUUGUAUCGGUUAGUGACGAAAUUGUACUUAUAUUGUGAUAUAGGUAGUAGUUAUUUUAAUUUAUUUUAUUUUAUGACAAUUAGACGGAUAGUAUAGGUUUGAUUUGACAAUUGUUUCCAACUAAGAUAUAUGAAAGAAGAAUUAUUUUUGUUAGUUGAUUUUAAUUGCGGUAAAUCAAGUGUUGCAUAAUUAUAAUGAAAUAACUAUAUUGUUAAUGUAAAUUAAUAAUUUUAUUAUAAUAAUAAGCGUGUUGAAAAUCUAA